UAGGGUUAAUGUUUGACAUAUUCAGCGCUAACUUCAUUUUUGUAUUUAUUGUAUAGUGAAUAAAUAAACGUAAAUUUCUCUCUCUGUAGAUGAUGGGUAUCAAUUAACAAUUUAUCACCCAUUCGAUUAAUAAUUUUAGGUCGUCGAAAUCUUUCAUAACCUAGUGAUAUGGUCAAUUUACGGAUACAAAAACCGCUAACAAAUAGGAAAUUUAGUUAACAAUUUGACAGGUGCCAGCUCACCUUAACUUUUUUUAUCAAUACGUGGUUCCUUUAAAAUUGCUUCAACAAUGUCUUUUGAAAGUGGAGUAAACAAUGCAGAAUUAACAACAACCUUAAUUGACAGUCUUCAAAAUGAUUUGAAAAGCCUUUCAAGUGAAUCAAAAAAGAAAUAUCCGCUGUUGAAAGAGGCUUGUGAAGAGGCAAUUGGAAAAUUAAAAACUGCUUCAUCAGCUCAAGGAAAUGUUUAUGGUUUAGUCAACCAAAUAAUCUUUCCCAUCUCACAAGGUUGUGAAACCAAAGAUGUAAAGAUAAUAAAGCUGUGUGUACAAAUAAUGCAGAAACUGAUCACAAAUCAGUUGAUUGACCAGAAAGGUGCUGUGUACAUAACUAAUACUCUGUGGGAUUUAAUGACGUUGGGCAUUGAAGAAGUGAAAAUUUUGCAGACUGUUAUUUUAUUGCUAACAACAAAUACAGUUGUUCAUGGGGAAACACUCGCCAGAACAUUGGUACUUUGUUUUCGUCUCCAUUUUGCUAAAAAUUCAACCACAAUAAAUACAGCCGGUGCUACAGUUAGACAGCUGGUUUAUUUAGUUUUUGAGAGAGUUGUGGCUGAGGAUGAACAAUUAUCAUUAAGAGCAGAAGAAAAGCCACAUAGAAAUUCAUUUAACUUUGAGGAACUCAAAACAUCCAAGGGUACACCCCCCAAAGGUUUGCCUGCAUGUGCUGGGGAUGCAUAUCUCCUAUUUCAAGAUUUGGUUCAAUUAGUGAGUGGGGAUCAGCCCUACUGGUUAAUUGGCAUGACUGAAAUGACCAGGACUUUUGGACUAGCAUUAAUUGAAUCCAUUCUGACCCAGUUUUCAUCUGUAUUUUACAAAAACCCAGAGUUUAGUUUCCUGUUAAAAGAACGAGUCUGUGCUUUGAUAAUAAAAUUAUUUUCACCAAAUAUUAAAUAUAAGAUGAACAUUCCCAGAAGCAUACAACAGGCAUUUGCUUUUGAAAAACCAUAUUUUCCUAUCAGCAUGAGGCUUCUAAGGGUUGUCUCUGUACUCGUACAGCAAUAUCACAGCCUAUUGGUUACUGAAUGUGAAAUAUUCCUAUCCUUGAUAGUGAAGUUCCUUGAUCCAGAUAAACCAACUUGGCAGAGAGCUUUAGCUUUGGAAGUUUUACACAAAAUGACUGUCCAGCCAGAAUUGUUGGUUUCUUUUUGUCAAUGUUAUGAUCUAAAUAAACAUACAACUAGUAUUUUCCAAGACAUUGUUAACUCAUUAGGUGCUUAUGUUCAAUCACUCUUUAUUAGUCAGCAACUUCAGUUGGGUUCUGGCAUACCAGCGCCUCAAGUUCAGCCUCCAAUAUUUUUGGGAGGAUUUCCAACAGGACCGGGUAUCUCGCCUCAACCUGGAUUUCUUCUAAGAGGUGUCUGGCUGCCCAUUGUUGCAACAUUUCCAACAGGACAGGCAAAACCUACCUACCUGGAAAUGUUGGACAAAGUUGAACCUCCGGUCAUACCUGAUGGAUAUGGGAUUUCGGUAGCCUAUGCAUGUUUAAUGGAAAUUAUAAGAUCACUGCAAAUAACUAUAAGUCCUCAGAAACAACCAGAAGACGCUGAGGAAGCACCAAAAACUAAACCCAAUAGACAACUGAAUUGUCAAUUAAUAAAUUCUAGUUGGUGCGGUUUACUAGCAGCUCUGAGCCCUCUAGUUGAUGCCAGUACUGAUGAAUCAGUAACUGAAAAUGUUUUAAAGGCAAUGCAGACCUAUACUUCACUUUGUGGUUUACUAGAAUUACAUACACCACGGGACGCUUUUAUCACAGCUAUUUGCAAGUCUUCUUUACCGCCCCAUUAUGCAUUGACUGUAUUAAAUACAGUGACUUCUGGUGUGACCCUGAAGCAGCAUGGCCAAAUGGGAGAGGUUCAAAAUAUGUUGCUGCAGUAUGGUGAAUGUGAUUUUCGACAACAGGUUGUUGCAGUUGGAACUCCCCUUCCAACAAUUUCUGUACCGCCUGGUACACAGCAAGGUCCGGUGAUGUUGACUUCAAAAAAUCUGCAGUCAAUGCGAGCGCUGCUAAGUUUAGCUCAUUGUCAUGGAAGCAUUUUGGGGACCUCAUGGCAUAUGGUAUUAACUACCCUGCAACAUUUGGUUUGGAUUUUGGGCUUAAAACCAUCAACAGGUGGAAGUUUAAGAGCGGGAAGGGCAUCAACUGAAACCAAUGCAGUAAUUACAACGACUGUAAUGGCUGACUUGCCCGUUUUAUCGACAAUGUUAAGUCGAUUGUUUGAAUCAAGCCAGUUUUUAGAUGAUGUAGCCCUUCAUCACCUGAUAAAUGCGCUCUGUAAGUUGUCUCAAGAAGCUAUGGAGCUUGCUUUUUCAAAUAGAGAGCCAUCGCUUUUUGCUGUUGCAAAAUUACUAGAGACUGGUAUUGUGAAUAUGUCAAGGGUUGAAGUGCUCUGGAGGCCCCUCACUAAUCAUUUGCUGGAAGUGUGUCAUCAUCCUCAUAUUAGAAUGAGGGAGUGGGGAGUAGAAGCUGUGACCUACCUAGUCAAAGCAGCCCUCCAUUACAAACAUGCAAUCCCCCUAAAAGAAAAUCAUAAGCUGCAAACUCUACUUUUGGGCCCUCUUUAUGAAUUGUCAUCAGUGCCUCAUGGAGAUGUUCGUCAAAGGCAACUGGAGUGUGUGUUAACAAUUUUGCAUACUAAUGGGGAAACACUUUCCCACGGAUGGCCCCUUAUUUUAGGUAUCAUUGGCGCCGUCAAUGAUCAGCACGGGGAAAACUUAAUCCGAAUUGCUUUCCAAUGUCUGCAGUUAGUAAUCACAGACUUUUUGCCAGUGAUGCCAUGGAGAUGUUUGCCACAAUGUGUCGACACUGUUGCCAAAUUUGGUUCGCAAACUCAAGAGCUUAACAUAUCACUCACAUCAGUAGGACUCAUGUGGAAUAUAUCUGAUUACUUCAAUCAGAAUCAAGGGAAAUUAAGCCAGAUGGUUGGGGUUGAUUCCACAGUUCUUCCAGAUUUUCCAGGAACAUUAGACAUGCCUAGUUUUGAUAAGCUCUGGAUGUGUCUAUAUGCCAGAUUAGGUGACUUGUGUGUAGACACUCGCCCUGCUGUCAGAAAGUCAGCAGGUCAAACUUUGUUUUCAACUAUAUCCGCGCACGGCGGUUUGCUAAAGCAGUCAACGUGGCAGGUUGUGAUUUGGCAGGUUUUGUUUCCUCUUUUGGAUCAGGUUAGAAAAUUAUCUGACUCUGCCAGUAGCGAGAAGGUCGAUGCCGGAGGGAACAUUUUAAUACAUCAUUCAAGGAAUACUGCUCAAAAGCAAUGGGCAGAAACGCAAGUGCUUACAUUGUCCGGUGUUGCCAGAGUGUUUAACACUAAGAGACAGUUACUACAGGCCUUAGGAGACUUUCCUAGGGCCUGGUCGAUAUUACUUGAAUUCAUUGAAAACGCCGCGCUGAGUAAAAACAAUGAAGUUAGUAUAGCAGCUUUGAAAUCAUUCCAAGAAAUUUUGUUUGUGAGCAAAAACCAAACCGGCGAUAGUAAACUAAUAGAAGACAAAGAAAUUUGGAAUGUUGCUUGGAGAAUAUGGAUUAAAAUAGGUACAGAAAUAACAGUUCCCAUAAUAGAAAAUGAAAAUAGUUGCAGCGGCGAUGAUUUCUAUCUGCCCAGCCAAACCUUCCUGACAGCUCUGGUGCAAAUAUUUCCCAGCGUCUUUCAACAUAUUAAAAAUAACUUCACCUUGGAGGAUUUGCGUCAUUUAGGGGUAGUAUUGUCAAACGCGGUAAGUGUCCCUGUGUUUGGGGAAACUACGCCAUAUAUUAUAUCUGUUUCGUCGGAUUUGAGCCUUUCCCCAUUGCAUGAUGGGGUGUUACAUGCCAUGGAACUUGUUCAGAAAGAAGUAUUAAGCAAGAACAAUGGUAAAAUGAUUCCUGAAUUAUUCAAAUUGCAUUUAAAAUUCGCCAAAUUCACGUGUUCACCACCGAGUUUUUCAAAACUUGAAAACAAACAUACCAAAGUCUCUGAUUGGGUCACUAUGAAUUAUGUUCCAUUUGGGGAAAAAGCGACAAACAUGGUGGUAAAAUUAUUUGAAAAGACUGCAGACAAUAUAGAAGUAAUUAAUGCCGGCGUCUUGAAAGAUAUAAUUACAACUUUGCAUACGCCUUUAGCUUUAAAAUACAACUGUGUUUCAAGCACGGUUUGGAAAUUGGCGGCUAACAGUUUAGUAGCCAUUUUAAAGAUUGGAUUAAAAGUAGCCAGAUCUCAUGGAAAUCAGUUUUCUUCAAUGUGGAAGGAAUUGGCUGACACUUUGAAUGAUUUCUUAUUCCCUACCAAUUGUAGUCCCGGACCAGGGGAUAAAAGUCUAGAGGAAAUGGUCUCAGAUGAACAAAUUGAUUGCCAAAUUAUUGAGUUACUACGAAAUGAAGUUUUGCCAUUUUCAGAUAGUAUACCCAAGGAAUUUAUAAUGCAGAUUGUAAUUCUUCUUAAUAAAGGAUCUAUACAUUCAGCGACUAACGUAAAGAAUGAUGGAGAUGUUGAACUCACUUUAAGGGAAGAUUUUGCCAAAAUAUGUUUUGAAACAUUAUUGCAGUUCUCUUUGAUAGAUGGGGAUUAUAAAAACUUAGUAUCUAAUAGUGAUGAUAAAACCAAUGGACUUGCCGGGCAGCUUGCUGUCACAUCAUUACUCCAUCGAUUUGAAGAAGUUCUCAAGAAAUAUAUAGAGGACGAAAAAUUGAGUGGAAAGUGCCCUUUACCAAGGUAUCGUCUUUCCGAAAUUUCGUUUGUUCUGAAAGCAUUAACAACCCUAAUUGUGUCUAUGAAAAAAGUUACUUCAGUUAAAGAAGACAAUAAAGCUUGGGAACAUUUAAUUUGCUUAUACCCGUAUUUAGUCGAAUGUACGACUACUACGUCUACUCAAGUAUCCAGACCCUUGAGGGAAACACUUUUACAAUUCUGUGAUUUACUUCAACCCCCUCAUAAUCGGAAUAAUAAUAAUAUUAAAAAUUCGGUGAUUUAAUCAUUUCUGUUAUGUAUUUGUAUUGUGUUGGUUCUAAUAAGGAAGGGACCUCAGUUUUGUAGUGUUUGCUGAAAUCAAUAAGCGCGGGAUUUAGCUCGAGUUGGAAAUGUUAUAUUCAUUUAUGAAUUCUAAAUGAAUGUAUUAUUUUACUAUAUCUUAUGGUGUCUUUUAUAUAGCAGAGCAGGGGGUGAACUAAUUACAGAUUAUUGUGGUUAAUAACAAGAAAAUAUUUUGUGUCAUCUGUCACCUUUAUUUGCAUGUAGGUGAACUUUUACUGUUUGUAAAGUACACCCUCUACUUUAUAAUAGUUGUGUAUAUUGUAGUAUUUUAAUGUUCAUAUCGUGAAACUCAAUACAUAAAAAUGGAAAAGUCGCUUCUAUAUUUUAAAUUGGUUAAAAACUAGAUGACUCAGUCAGUUUGGUAGAGGCCUUCCUUGAGAUCAUCGACUGCAAGUGUAUAGUGCAUAAGAUUCUGAUUAUUUAAGAAUUACCUUUAUUUAUAUAUACAUAUAUCCAUAUAUUUUUUAAUUACCUCCUACGGCUAUAAUAACUCGUAUAUUACCCGUACAGUAUUUCCGUGUUGUAUCCUAUACAGAUUUAACGUUUCUGCAAAAUAAAACAUGAUUAUUUCUGUACAGAUUGGAAACGAAACAAAAAAAUGAGAUAAUUUUGUUGUUUCAAUCUAAUUAGACUUUUUAAACAGGGUGUUCAAAUUUUUUAAUGUUUUUUGAUAAAAUUCAACAAACUUAUUAGGUUUUCCGUAUCUGGAACGUUGAAAAUUAUACUUUCGUCCUAAACAGCAGAAUGUUUGGUAUUAUCUACUUACUCCUCUUAAUCUGUAUGCCAUAAAAAAAUCUACAAAUAUGCAGAGCGCACUGAUAGAUGAAGAAGUACAAGAUAUAUAAAGAUAUAUAAUUAUAAUCUACCUAUUAAUAAUUAUUAUAAGGGGUGUUCUGAAGUAAUCAGAAUUUUAUUUGAGUGAGUAUCCAGUAGUAAGUCUCACCUUACAUUCAAAAUACUUUUAUUUAUGUAAAAUUUUGGCUGAAAUUGUGAUUUAACUAGUUUAGCUUUGUUUUUGUUAAUGUAUAAACUUUAUCAAGUUAUUUGUAAACUUCAGUUUCUAUUAAUUCAUGUAGAAACAUGGAAAUAU